UGUCCAUUUUGUGAGAAGGCUUUUUUGAAUUCUUCCUUUUUACAAAGUCACAUUCAAAGGCGUCAUCCAGAAGAAUCUCAGAUUGAACCGAAGAGGAAAACAAAGGCAGACGAAUUGCAGGAGGAGAUGGCUAAACUGAAGGAGCAGUUGCAGCUCACCAGGUCCCAGUUAGAGGCUGAACAACAGGCUAACACGGCCAGGUUCUCGAAGGAAUGUGAGCAGCAAAAGUCCAAAGAAGAAGAAAUUCUACAAUCGUUUCAUAAAUGGAAAGAGGAGGAAAAAGAGAAAUGGGCUGGUGAACUAGAAAAAGUGAAAGAGAUGUUCAUGAAAGAGCUUAAGGAGUUAUCUUGCAGAAAUUCCACGUUAGAAAAGCAACUGUUAGAAUUGCCAAAGUCCAGUCUGCAGCAAAAGUCCAAUUUAGGGACGCUGCAAGACAGCGAAGACUUUACAAAGGAGAAACCUCAGAGUCCUCAAGAUUCUCCCAAUGUGCUUAAACUUCUUGAAAAACAGGAAAGUGAGUGGACAUCUAGAAUACAAGCCCUUCAUCGUGACCAUGAGGCAGAGAAGUCCCUGCUGCUGUCCCAGAUUGAGAAGCUUAAAUCAUCAGUGAGAAAAGACCUCAAUGAAAAUAACAGCUUUUACAAGAGAAGGCUGGAAGAAUUGGGACAGAGGCUUCAGAAGCAGAAUGAUCUGAUCGUUGCUCAGAAGCAGCAGAUAAAAGAAUUGUCCACAGGAUCAGUUGCAAGCACCAAACCAUGCAAUAUGAACACUACUGUGGAGCCUGUUGAAGAAUCUAAACCAAGGCUACCAGUGAUGCAUGAAAUUGAGAAAAGUCAUCAUAAAAGAGGCAGACAUAAACACCUUUUAAGAAAUGCUUUGAAGACUGAGCCUUCUUUAAUUAAAGAAUUACGAGGUGUUUUGGAGCAAGCCCUGGAGGAGAAGCUGGAAUCCUUGGGAAUUAAAGCAGGUGUUCGCGGUAUCCCAAAUGAUCGCUUAAAUGAAAUUUUGCGUGCUGUUGAAUCUGCAAGAGAACGCAAGCAGAAGGAAGAGCCUGACAUUCAACGAAUUCGAGAGCAUCUUGAACGCCAACUUAGCGUUCGGAUUGAACAGAAAUUAUCAUCUUGUAAUAGACCUGUUUCCUGUCCUCAGCUUCCUUCAGAAGAUAAACAGAAGUUCAAUCCAUUGGGAAUUUCCUCCUCUGCCACACCGCGAAAACCAGUGAAACGGUCUUCAGUAGCUGUCUGCCCAGCUGAGCAAAGAACAGCCAUCGCUGAGAAAGCAUCUACACCAAAAUCCAGGAAGCUUUUUGGAAAUGGAGUUUCCAGAAAGACAUCUAGCAUCGCAACUCCACCAUUCAGUUCAGAGGAAGAACUAGAUGAAGAUGAUAUGAAACAGUCUUCCAGAUCACCAGAAUUAUUGCAAAAGCAGGCAAAAACAUCAAACAGCAAAGUCAGUGCUUUUCAGAAGGCUUCUGCCAAAAGCGAUACGGAUGGGACAGAGGAAAGUGAAACUGAAGAAGCUGGAAUACCUCCCGAAACUUCAAAAGGAGCAAUUAUUCAAAAACUGACUGAACAAGUUGGGAAGAGUCUUUCCAACCACGGAAAUAAGAACAAACCAGCAGGAGGGAUUAAUGUUGCGCAGCCAUUUCUGAAGAAAGAGGUGAAAGAACUGAAGUUGAUGGACGUUGAUGAAGAUGAUUGGGAUCUAUCAUCAUUAGAAGAAGAGUUGUUAGGGAUGAAAGAUGAUAGAGGUCAGAAGGCGUUGACAGUUCAGAAAAAGGAGUCAGAUGCUGCAUCUGUGGUAAACGCAUGGGCUCUGCCGAAGACAGGUGCACCAAAGGAGGAAGGCCUUCCUGAAGCUGAUAAUACCAGCACGUUAAAAAGCAGCUUAGUCACUGUAACAGAUUGGAGCGAUUAUUCAGAUCUCUAA